GUACGCCAGCUUAUACUUUUGUUGUGCUAUUGAGGAGCAGGACAAUGAGCUGAUUACGCUGGAAGUAAUACAUCGCUUCGUCGAGCUCCUGGAUAAAUACUUUGGCAGUGUGUGUGAGCUGGACAUAAUCUUUAACUUUGAAAAGGCCUACUUUAUUUUAGACGAAUUCCUGAUGGGAGGAGAGAUCCAGGACACAUCAAAGAAGAGUGUUCUCAAGGCCAUUGAACAAGCUGAUCUACUGCAGGAGGUGCGUCUCAACAUCUUCUUUUUUCAGCUGUUCCCUCUUCAGCG